AUGUCGAAAUACAAGAACUCAACGAUAGUAAAGGACGGUAUCGUCACACAGAAGGUCAUCUUGGCCAACUACACCUUGGACUCGUCAUUGGUUCUCUUACCAGGGAUAGUGUAUAACGUGACGUUUUCAAGAUUCAAGGCAGCAGCGCUUCUCUCAAAGUUUCGGGAGCACGCUCAGUCUCUUCCGAUGGUGAAGAGUCUCUUGGCUGAGUAUGACUUUGACAAGUCGGAAAAUGAUACGGGACUCUCUGCCUCGGCCGUGGAAGGCAUCGAACAUUUCCACAAUGUCGAGCAGCAGAUCAAACUGACCGGCUUCAGAGCCUCAGACUCCACGGUACCACCCCUGGGCGAGUUUGACUGGAUGGUAUUAUGUGUAUCGCCAAAUGUGGCCAAGAUCGUCGAUUCAAACGGUAAGGCAGCACCGCUGCUGAAUGUGGUCACUGUCACAAGAAUCGUGGGAAUCAUCGACGACACCUCCAGCAUUAAGAUUACUUUCCAGGCGCUCACAAGAGCUGUCAAGGACCCCAACUUCCGCGCAAAGAAGCCCAACGAGAUCCUCGUGUCAGUACUCUGGAAUGACUAUAUCAGUAACAUGAACGAUCACAUCAACUCAAUGAAGACCUUGGCCACUGGAUUAUUUGCUCAGAUCGACAAGUUCGUGGAUGACUACAAGAAGAUUCUUGCCAACAAGGGCAAUACCAAUGAUCUCUUAACUUUAAAUCCGUUGGCAAAUGCGCUUUUCUUACAGCUAGCUGGCUCUAAGGACUUCGCGAAGGCAUACACUAGUUUGAGCAAGAUCGUUACAAGUAUGAGCUCCUCGGAGAUUAAUUCACCACGGGCGUUUCUGAGAGUUAUCGAUUUAACCACUGCCAUCGUACCUUUCCCCAACCAGGAGAAAUUAAAGAUGUUAAGGAGCGUAGAACUUCAGGAAAGAGCUUCACUCGUUAAAUCAUUGAUUGAGAAAAUGACUACUGUAUUUGCCAACAUUGCAGACUCCAAUCUGAUGAUGAAUCAUUGGUUCUACAACGAGGCUUCUAACAUGCAGAAGGCUAACGUUGUUGCUAAUCAGUUGAAGUCUAUUAGAAUUGUGUUAGAGGGUUUGACUAGUAACGUAAAAGCACCAUCAAACCAAAAACAACUUGUGAGACGCGGAGGAGCCUCGGGUGCUCCCUCAAGAAAACCAAGAGAUGAAGGUCCUGGCGGUCAAGAUGACGACGGAGACGACGAUGAUCUCCGGGCUAUUGCAGACUUCAUCAGAAACAAGUUGCCUGAGAUUACUUCGCUUUCUGAAGACUCUAAGAGAUUGAUUCUCAAGGACUUUAAGAGGGUGAAGGGAGGCAACCCUGGUAAUGCAGACUUCUUUGUCAUUAGAAACUAUUUGGAAAUUGUUGCUGAUAUGCCAUGGGAUAAAUACGUUUCUAAGUUCAAGUCUAACAAAGACAUUGAUUUAGCUGAAGCAAGGCGCCAGCUUGAUGCUGAUCAUUACGGCUUGGAGCACGUUAAGGAGAGAUUGAUACAGUACCUAGUGGUAUUGAAGCUUUUGGGUGCAAACGCAGACAAGGAAUACACUAGACUUGGCCUUCUUGAGGCCAAGAAGCAGAAGGAACUUGAUGCACAAAAGGAAAAUAUGAAAUUUAAGAGAGAGUCUACUAACGGAGAAGCCAUCAUUAUUCCUAACAAUGACGAAAGCAGAUCAUCCAAAGAAAAGGCCAAUGAACAAAUAAAGCACUCUUCCAAAAUGACAGAUAUCGAGAAAGAGAUUGAAGCCAAGUCCUUACUCGUUUCGAAAAACAACAAAUCUCCUAUUAUCAUGUUGGCCGGUCCACCUGGUGUCGGAAAAACUUCCUUGGCCAAAUCCAUUGCGUCCGUUCUUGGUAGAAGUUUCCAGCGUGUUUCCUUAGGCGGUGUGAAGGACGAGUCAGAGAUUCGUGGACACAGAAGGACAUAUGUGGGAGCCAUGCCAGGUACCAUUGUUCAGGCAUUGAGAAAGGCCAGAUCCAUGAACCCUGUGAUUUUGUUGGAUGAGAUUGAUAAAAUUAUUGGAGGAAACAGCAGUGCCAGUAAGUUCAAUGGUGACCCAGCCGCAGCUCUCUUGGAAGUUUUGGAUCCUGAGCAGAAUACUCAGUUUAUGGACCACUAUCUUGGAUUCCCCAUUGACUUGUCACAAGUGAUCUUUGUUUGUACUGCAAAUGAGCCAUACAACUUAUCCGGACCUUUACUCGACAGAUUGGAGAUGAUCGAGAUCGGUGCUUAUGACUAUAAUGAAAAGUUGGUCAUUGGCCACAAGUACUUGUUACCGAGACAGUUGAAAAGAAAUGGAUUCCCAGACGAUAGCUUAGUGUACAUCGACGAUGACGUAAUGAAGAAGGUCAUUCUCGAUUACACUCGUGAAGCUGGAGUGCGAAACUUAGAAAGAAAGUUAGGAACCAUUUGUCGAUUCAAGGCUGUUGAGUAUUCCGAAAGUUUGGCAGAUCCUAAGAUUGCCUAUCAGCCAAAGGUGGAAGAAUACGAUUUAGCAAGAUUCUUGGGGCUUCCUCAUCCUAGUAUGAGUAGUGAAAUUGUGGAUUUGCCGGUACUUUCCAGCAAGUACGGUGUUGUUAAUGGGCUAUCAUACAACGGCGAUGGAUCCGGAUCGGUGUUGGUAUUCGAGAGUAUUGGAUUCAGCAAUGACAAAGGUUCUUCGUUACAGAUGACAGGUAGACUCGGAGAGGUGUUGUUGGAGAGUGGCAAGAUUGGGUUGACGUUCAUCAAGAAUACGCUAGCCAAGCAUUUGUUGAACUUGCCCAACAAUGAUUCACUCCUCGAGAAACUUAACAAUAUGGAGAUCCAUAUGCAUGUGCCUAGCGGAGCCGUUCAAAAAGAUGGACCUUCAGCAGGAAUCACCAUGGCACUUCUGUUUCUUUCAUUGGUGUUGGAGAAGCCUGUGCCUCUGAACAUUGCCAUGACGGGAGAAAUCACCCUUCGUGGAUUGGUUCUUCCUAUUGGUGGGUUGAAGGAAAAGAUGCUUGGAGCACACUUGACCGGACACAUUAAGAAGAUCAUUGUUCCUAGAGAAAACAGAAGAGAUAUCAUUGAGGCAUAUGUGCACAAGAUCAACGAGCCAGGCAAGUUGAAUGAGCUUUUGAAGGACAAUGCUCGUGGAGCAGACUACACCAACACUUCUCCGGAAGACUUUUUUGUGGAGAAGUAUGGAGUGAAGGUUGUUUACGCCAAGGAGUUUUGGGAUGUGAUACGAAAUGUGUGGGGCAAUGAGUUGUUGGAGAAUGUGGAGCAGGCCCGGUUAGACGAGUAUCACUUGUAG